AUGGUUGAGCACACCGCAGCAACUACGUCGGGCUUUGGACAACAGUCACCUAAGGAAUCGAACGACGACGAUGUAGUCUAUAUAGGCACCUUCAAAGGACACUUGCUGGCCGACCCACACGACUCGAAGAAGAACGGAAAGAAGUCGGCUACCCCGUCGAGACCAAGCAGCAUCGACGAAGCCGGGCCCUGGACUGACACGUCGUCGAAGAACCGAUACAGCGUCUGCGCCAAAGAUGGCCGCUGA